AAUAAUGUCUACAUUCCCCAUAUUCCACACUCUUAACACUUCUACCUUCCCUGGGCUUUCCACCCCUUUCCCUGCUGAGCAGGUAUCAUUACCCCUUUUGGAUGCGCCCCUAAGUCACCAAAAAUCUGCCGACCUCCCUGGGCAGGACGCAAUGUCCCAAGACGAAUUGCUUGCAAUGGUUACUAGUUUCUUAUCCUUGUCUGUGCCUGGUGCGCAUUCGUCACCGGUCGACCACCCUAUUGCCUUCGAGGAGUCACCUUCACAAUUCACGGCAGUCAUUCGUACGAAGCCUCCCCACCCCCGGGUAGCUCAUGCCUGCGAUCACUGCAGGCGGCGUAAAAUAAAGUGCUCCGGGGAACAGCCUGUGUGUGACAGCUGUGAGAAGAAGGGCAGGGCGUGCCAGUGGACCCCUCUCAAAACUACUAAAGAGCGGCGAAGUCGGAAGCCCUACGACAUCGUGGAAUACAGACCACGACCCAGUGCACCUGCUCCAUACAUUGCGGCGCCUAAUCCGACUCCGAAUCCAGUGACCCUUUGGUCUACUGAGGAUCUUAUGUCUGCGUCGCAGGCGGCUACUAUGACGAAUCCACCUAUGGUAAAGCCUAUGGUGCAAGCACUUACUGGUUGGAGCGCUCCUGCGCUGAGUGGUUGGCAAGAUCCGGAUGCCGAUCUUCAAUGGAUACCAUCACCUCCUUCCUACUGCUCUUCAUUGACGAGCGAUGUCUCAUCUCGUGAAUCAUCACCUCCGCGCACACCGGUUGCAUCGGAGGAGGCGCCACCAAAUUUUGACGAUGCGGACGCUUUCCUCAACGAGCUAUAUAAAAGUCUAUCACCCGAGUGGUCUUCGCUGUUACAUAACGGCCCGGAAAUUGAGAUGUCUUUUGCUCAGUAAGCACCACUGCCACAAUUUUAUUUCCCUUGGCGCUGGUCGUCGAACGGGAUUUAUUUCUGGUGGGCUUGCAG